CGCCUCUAUGAAUAACAUUGUACGAGUACCUUCGUGUCGGGAACUAAUUGUACUCGUUUGGUCUCAUGUGUCAUCCGUAAUUGGAGCGGGAACCUCAAAGAUCAUUAAACAUAUUCUUGCGAGCCAAAGUGUCUUUCCUGGCGAGUGGUAGUGUGUUAUCCUGGAAUUUAUAGUGAAAAAUGAAAAAUGGUCAAAUUACAUCCGUACGAAGAGAUUCCGAAUCUCAAUCAUAUGGACUGUGUUGCAAACCCUUGACAAAACGACAAAAAAACUGUUCGAUAACAGUUAUUACUAUAGCCAUAUUCAUUGUAAUAUUGGGUUUAUUCUACCUUGGUUUCAGAGCGGAAAUAGAAGUGUGCACGACACCAUCUUGUGUUCGUUCGGCGACCGAGUUUUUAAGCCACAUCGACACGAAGGCAGAUCCUUGCGAGGAUUUUUAUCGAUUUUCCUGCGGUAAUUUCCUGCAGAAUACAAACUUGGAUAAUCGCGGUUCCCGAUCGGUUCAGGACGUUAUGGAGGAUGAAAUCCAGUCCGAAAUUAGAAAUAUGCUCGAGCUGCCGAUACACACCGAGGAUCCUAGAUCCCUAAACAUAGCGAAGAAAUUUUAUCGAGCCUGCAUGAACGAAAGUGCAAUUGAAGAGGAAGGAUUAAAGAAGAUAAAACAAAUUUUCGUGCGACUAGGCGGAUGGCCAACGCUGCAGGGAAAUAAUUGGCGGGAAGAUCAGUUCGAUUGGAUGGAUGCCGUACAUAAACUACGCAAGCUGGGAGUUAACUCUCAUGUCUUUUUUCGAGUUUCGGUUGACAGGGAUGAAGGCGACGAUUCGAGAUACGUUUUAGGGAUACACGAAACGUCGUACAGUCCAUCAAGUCUAAGCAGCGAAUUGGAGAGCUCCUACUUGAAUUACAUGGUUCGCAUUGCUGUUCACUUUGGAGCGAGCCACACGACAGCGAAACGCGAUUCAAAUGAAGUUCUCAGACUGUUCCUGGAGUUGGCAAAGAUUUCAGAAGAAUCAGCAAGGAGCAACAGAACGACCAAUGAGCGCCUGAGCCUUUCUGAACUCCAAUAUGAAUACCGAAACAUUCAAUGGUACUACUUCCUGAGUGGAAUUAUCAAUCCAACAGCUACAAUCAGUUACGAUGAUGAUGUUGUAGUAACCGCGCCCGUUUAUUUGAAGAGAAUAGAUAUUCUGCUCACCAAAACAUCAAAAAGAAUUCUGGCAAAUUUCGUAGUAUGGCAUACUCUUCAAUAUCUUAUCAAUUUCCUACCCUCAGAAAUAUUGAGUGAAGCAUAUGACUUUCUUGAAAAAAUUAAUAAAAGAAUGAUGAGACCAUCGACGCCACGAUGGAAAGUUUGUCUAGAAGUUGUUGAAGAUCGUAUGGGUCCUGUUAUAUCAGCAUCAUAUAUGCAGAAUUUCUUUCCCGAGGACGACAGAUAUCAAAUCGUGGAGAUGAUACGGAAAAUAAAAAUUCAAUUCCAAUCCAAUCUGCUGAAACUAGAGUGGAUUGACAAAGAAACGAAAGUUUUGAUAUUGGAACAACUGCACGCUAGUACAGAGGAAAUUCCUUCCUACGGCGAUCUUCUGAACAUGCUCGACAAGAACAAAAUAUAUGAUGAGGCAAAAGUUAAUGAGAGCAAGUACCUUGAAUCAGCUCUGAAUCUGAAUCUCAUAAAUAUGAAUCACAAUUAUGAUCUUCUGAGAACCACGGUGGAAGAUGAAUGGUUCAUGGAUAGUGAAUUCAUCAAAGGAUUUGUCAUAAAAUAUUCCCCAAAAAAGAAUACUUUAACUUUUCCCAUCGGCAUAUUCCGCGGGAUCUAUUACCGCCCCGACCGACCCGAGUACAUGAACUACGGCAGUCUCGGUACCGUAAUUUCCCACGAAAUAUCCCACAUAUUCGUCGAAGCCGAAUAUGGAAAUUUUCCAGGAGAGCUCAGAAGCUGGUGGUCACCGAACAGUCUGUUAAAUUACGACGAGAAACUACAGUGUCUAUCCAAUCAGUACGGAAACUUUGCCAUUCCAGAGUUAUUUGGCAAGCAACUCAAUCCCAAGAAAACUCGCGACGAAGACAUGGCAGACUUAGCGGGAAUGAAAAUAUCCUACGACACAUACAUCAAUCGGGUUCAGGAAAAUGGGCCGGAACCUCUACUUCCCGGAUUAAAGUACUCCCCCAACCAAUUGUUCUGGAUAGCGUCCGCCAUCCGUCACUGCUCCAAGUAUUCCAUAGAAGACCUGGAAAGAUACAUCGAUAAUUAUCGAUGGUCCCCGCAGCAGUUUCGCGUCAAUGGCCCGUUACAGAAUUUAAAGGAAUUUGCCUUCGACUUCGGUUGUAGAAGAGGCUCCACGAUGAAUCCGGAAAAUAAAUGUGAUAUUUGGUAGAUGUCGGUGAAUAACGGUAGUGGAAGAUGAUUAUGUGAGACUGUUCUUCAAGAAAAGAAAGCGUAUUGAACCUUGUAUCAGAAAGUGAUAUUAGAGAAUUUGACAAAAUAAACGAAACGGGAAACAAAAUCAAUAUGUAAAUAAAUUUUUCAAUCUUA